AUGGCAAGUGAAUCGCUAGUUAAGGCAUCAGGGUUUAUCAUUUACAGGAAACUGGCGGAUCUCCCCGUCCAGUUCUUGUUGCUAAAAGCAUCGAACAAACCAUUCCACUGGACUCCACCAAAAGGCCGGUUGGACCCAGGCGAGGAUUUUCUUGAUGCUGCCCACAGAGAAACUAGGGAAGAAUCCGGCCUCUUGGAGAGCUCAUAUGACGUUGAUGGAACUUUUAAGGAGGUCUUGCACUAUGAAGCUCACGGAGCCAAGAAAGAGGUCCUUUACUACUUGGCGAAACUAAAAGGUGAAGAUGCUCCCAUUCAGCUUUCAGAAGAACACACGGAAUUCGCAUGGGUAAAAUUGGAAGACAUUGACAAGUACUGUGAUAAAGAAUCGCUUAUUUCCAUGUUUAAACAUGCCUCUGAGCAUAUAGAUAAACUCUGA